GAUACUACACGUGUUGUGAUGCGUAAAUCAAUAUGGAUUGCCGGCAAUUAAAAUGGAUCUAACAAAAGAUAAAUUAGAUAAAGUAAAGAUCAAGGCAGAGGAAAGAAUCACCGACUGGAUUGAAAGUUGUCAAAAUGCUGGAAUCACUCGCCUGUAUGACCAGUAUGGAACUGCAAAUUUUAAAAGGAUAGAAUAUAAAAAAGAUGAGACACAGAAAAAAGAAAAAAACGCAGUUCCUUCAAGAUUGAGACCAUUGAAACCAAAAAAAGGUGUAGAAAUUCAGAGGAAAUCUUUGGAUAAUAGAACAAAAGAACUCGAUCAUUCAAAGAAGGAUAAAGGAGACAAAAAAUCCCAAAGAAAGUCAGUUAAAAGUAGGCAAGGCAGGGAGGAUUCUAUCAGUCGGCAUACCAUGGAUAUCCAAUCAGAUUCAACUAGAAAAUAUAGGGAUAGCGCAUCGAUUUUUAGAGAAAUGAACAACAGAAGCUCACAUAAUAGAAGUUCGUUCAAAAGCAGUGUUUGCAGUAUGGAUGCUAUUUCACUGAUGUGUGACGAGCCUAAAGAUGAUCAUUUUGGUGGAUUUCAUGGAAAAUUAGAUAAAUUUAAAGAGUCCGACCUUAGUUUUCUGCAAUUUACUGAUACAACAAAAACGAAGAUAUCAAAGAAGGGCUUUUCAAAAAAGAUGGGUACUAAGUCCAGGUUUGAUCCGCUGAAAUUACCAAAGAGGUUUCAAAUAGAAAAAUCGAAUAUGAAUACAAUAGCAAAGGCGGAAAAAACAUUUUAUGAAUAUGAAAAAAGUGAACAUUUUAAACCAGGAAUGAGUAAAGUGGGAGGAAAUAAAGACAGACGUAAGAAAAUCAAGAUGCCAGUCGAAUCUGAAUGCAUAUCAGAGGAAGACAGAUCAAGUUCAGAAGGAACUUUAGAACCCAUGAGACUGCCAAGGGCCUCUAUACAAAUUUCAAAAGAUAUUCCGCUAAAAGAACUAAAUCCUACAUGUACUUCACCAAUAACCAUACAAAUAUCUACAGAGACGCCACCACCUGGUUCUCUGUCUAGACCACCUUCAACAUUUUCUCAAAUCCCUGUGACUUUCACCAUAGAUACAAAUUCUGUGAAUGAAUACGUUAAAAGAUCGAAUUCUCCCUUUGCCAAAGAACCAUCUACAACAACAGACGAAACAAGAGCCAAAUCAUCCUUCGCAUUGUGGUCUUCGACCACAUCUCCUUUAGCACUGAGGCCAUCGCGAAGUGAAAUAAACACUCAUAAACCAUUACUUAGACUUGGGCUUGCUCCAUCAUCGUUGGGAUUGAAAAGAAACAAAUCGCGUCUGAGUCGUAUCAAUCUAUCUGCUACACCUUCCUCCGUCUUGCGCACGGGAAAAUCCUCUACGUUAUUGUCACGAACUGUCAGCCGCAGGUUUCCAGGUGGAUUUCCAAGUUCAACAAAUGUCUCUGUUGCAGAGGACAGAAAGGCGGUUGUUUUAGAAAGGUUUCGAAGAUUUACUAAUAAAUUUAUAUGCGUGUCUCGUCUACUCAAUGCUGUAAAGGCGAAAAUGAAAAUGCAAACUAGGGAGGAGAUUAGUUCGGUAAAGAAAGAAGACGAAAAGAGCCACAAAAGUAAUGUAUUGGAUUUUGAUGUCAGCUAUUUCAGAAGUGCGACAACAUCAUACGGCGGACUUUCCCAUAGAGCUAGGGAUGCCUUAUGGAAAAUGGUACACCAGCGUACAGAAAGAGAUAUACGAACUCUCAAGGAAGUUAUGGAUCGUCUCCCCUUCUUCAACAAAUAUCCCAAGUCUAUAAAGGCAGACUUGGCCAGAAUGUUAUGGUAUGACCGCUUUGAAGACCAGAGAAUUAUCAUAAAGCAGGGAGACAUCGGAACCCGGAUGUAUUUUGUUGUUUCUGGAUGUGUAAGUUUACAGACGACAGAUAUAGAUCCGAGGACUGGCAUCAAGCAUGUUAUUCAUCUGAAAGAUGUUAAAUCCGGUGCUACGUUUGGAGAACUUGCUCUCGUUAGAGACAUGAAAAGAAACUAUACGGCAGUGUGCAAAGGUGAUAGCGAAUUUUUAAGUCUAAGCAAGGACGAGUUUAAUAAUGUCUUACGGCACCAAUAUGAAGAGAAAUGGCAGCAAAGACACACAUUUAUAAAAAACCAACAAAGUUUUGAAGGAGCUUCUAUUGAUCAGAUGAAGAGCGUAACAGACAUGUCCGAUAUGAAGUCUUUCCCGGACAACACUGUUAUAUUUGGAGACAAAACACAGUUGACAGAUGCUGUCUACUUCAUUAGUAAAGGAAAAUGUGACAUGAUAAAGAAAGUAUCACUGCUCAGAACUCAGUCCCCUUAUCUGCGACCGUCCCUGUUUUUGUCUGAUAACAAGAAAGAUCACUCUGAAUUUCUCAACAAGCCAUACGGAAAGCACACAAGAAUAUGUAGAACAGAAAACCACAUGUUGACAGUCAUGUCUCUCUAUCCUGGUGACUAUUUUGGUGUUGGUGAAAAUCUUCAGGAUACUUUUAUCAUAACAAAUGGUAAAGUAGAAUGCCUGUUGAUCAACUCAGCAUUCUUUGCAAUAAAUCUGAUGAUGGAUCGAUUGGAUGAGAUGAAGGAUAAGAAUGAGGAAAAGAUACCCUCAAACCAAAAUCUGUAUUUGAAGUUUGAAGCAAACAGGAAGUGGACAGAAUAUAAGAAAAGUCUUGUUGAAAAUGUAGUCAGCCGAAAACGAAUUCCAAAUGUUACUACUAAAGAGGAUAUUCCAAAAGUUUUAUCAAUGGCACCUAACAUUCCAGACGACUUGUUGUGGAAAGACAAACCGGCUUAGGUUCCAAAAGUUACAAGUCAAGAUCAUUCAAAUGUUUAAGCAAUAGGGCCUUCCAUUCUGAAGACUUGUUUGGGAGAGAAAAGAAUGUCUCAAUGCAUAAAUGAUUUAUUCAUAAAUUAAUAAAACAGAAGCACUAUGAAGAAUUUGUUAUUUUUCUGUAGGAUUAUAUAUUAAGGGAGCUACCAUUUGAUUUUUAUUGGGGGCUAGGAUGAAAAAUUUUGUCCUGCAUUUUUUUUUAGUUGUAAUCUCUGUCCUGCCUUUUUAUUUUUCACUGUAUUCGGUCCUGCCUUUUUUUUUUUUAAAGUUUAUCCUGACUUUUUUUUACCUAAAUUGUCAUCCUGACUUUUUUUUUUGCAAGUGUCUCAUCCUGGCUUUUUUUUUUUACUCAAAACUCCUGUCCUGCCUAUUUAUUUCAAAUUUCAUCCUAGCCCCCCAUAAAAAUCAAAUUGUAGUUCCAUAAAUCACUGAAAAAAGUAAUUUUCCUGAGGGGUUUAUUUUCGCUAAUUUCCCUAUUAAAAUAAAAUUGCAUAAUUUCCCCUCAUGUAAAUUUGUCCUUUAGAGGAGAUCAGUAUCAUAGAUCAGAUUAAUGCAAAAUUAAAUCUCGAAGACAGGUUUGGUCCUAGAAAUUGAAAAAUUUAAACACACUGAACAGCUUUACAGUAAGGCAAUGAGGAGUUAUUGCUGAAAUAUGUUUCAGUAAAAGAGAGGAACUUAUUUCUUUUGCUGCAUACAAAUUUAAAGAUAUCAUUGAUAAGCACUCAUCAGAGAAUAUUUGCGCAAAAAGGUAGGGAAAUAAGAUGUUGGUACUGGACUACAGGUAUAUGGGUUUUGCUCAUUGUUGAAGGCUGUACGAUGACCUAUAGUUGUUAACUUCUACGUCAUUUAGUCUAGUGGAGAGUUGGCUCAUUGGCAUUUAUACCACAUCCUCAUAUUUUUAUAUAUUCACUGAUAGAAUUAUA